AACAGUCCAAGCGCUGCUCGUGUUGCCUGCACCGAAGCGUCGCAAAGACGCUGGGAUCCGCUGUCAUUCGAGACGUCGCACGCUUGAGUAACGUGAAGUCGCUGCUGCUGCUGCUGUUUCGGAGCUCUCGAGUCACGUGGAUCGAGACAACGAUGACGUCACGUUCCUGACAAGACUCCAAGGGGAGAGUGAGAUCGGAACGCGCCAAGUGGCCCGGUGUCCGUACGCGCUUGCGUCAACUUGAAAGUCGUCGACUGUGAAACUGGAUCCAUAUCGAAACUUUGCUUCGGGCUGCAGAAGAGGCGACUCUCGUCUCGGGAAGAGCAUCAUGGCCGACAUCAGGCGUGGUGUGUGUGUUUUGCUCUGCUUUCUCGUCGCCUCUACAGUGACUGCAUAUGCUCGGCGUGCUCAACCGACAUCGAGCCGUUCGGACGGCGUGGGAAUUGCCGAACUCGUCGAAGUGCCUACGGGUGAGCCGAGGAUGACGCGGACGACGUCGCUGAUUCGACAGACGUUGCGCCAACCGUUCGGCGCGGCUCCCAGGGGCAUCCUCGUGCUCGUCGCCGACAGGUCCAUGGCGCACCAAUACGAGAACUACUUCAAGACCACCUACAGGUCGCUCCUGGUUGGUCGUGCGUUGGACUCCCUGAGCCGCCACUCGCUGUCCAGAAAGAACGUCACGCUCACUACCGGCGCUGCUCUGGCUCACGCUCUGCAGAGCCACUCGCUGGAGCUGAACGAGCUGGCACUGAUCGUGGCCGACGACGCCGACAUCCUGUUCACCGGCGCAGCGCUGGACGCGGACGUCGUUGGAUCUUCGCUGUCGUCCGCAACUCCGAGCUCAUUAAAGAUUGUAGCCUUUACAAAGCCUGGCUGGACAAUGCCACAACGACGACAAAGGGGGGAAGAACCACCGUUUUCAGCACUGUCUGCGGCUUCUACACCUUUCGGUUUGGAUGCAGCUGCCAAGUCGUCCCUUCGCUUCCCCCAGCGGCUGGUCGACGAGAAGCUGUCGUCGUACUCGUUCCGUGAUCGCGACCUCCUCCUGCGCGCCCUGCUUCACCCGUCCAAAUCACGCCGUAUCGGCUCCAGCGUCUCUUACCGGCCGCUGGACUACGUGGGACAGUUCGCACUCGAGUUUGUCCUCUUACGUGACAUGGUGAAGAACGGCACACUCAAGAGCAACCAGGAGCUGCACGACGCCAAGGUGCGGCUACUCCGACACGAGACGCUGGCACGUGUGGCCGCUCUCAACGGUCUCGACCAGUACGUCUUCCUGGACGAAGGGCCCGAGAAGACGUCCAUGACGGAGUACGCCCAGGGUGCGAGAUUAUGGGCGUCAUUACCCGGAGCGGCAGGUGAGAGACAGGGCAGCUUCCUGCACAACUUUCUCCAGUCUGUGGUUGGUGCAGUGUACAUCGACAGCGGCUACGACGUCGACACGAUCGAACGCAUCUUCUUGAAGUUUUUCAAGCCGCACUUCUAGAAGGACCAUCUACCUCAUUACGUCGACUGGCGCUGCGGGCAUAUAGACUUUCCCGAAACUCCGAAAGAACGAAAGUGCUGGACUUCGUUCAAACCUCCGCAGCACGCUGUGCAAUCACUUGUUGCAUUUGUCGAGUAAUUUACAUGUACCGCGUUUUCACGGAGACAAGGCGCACGAGACCGGCGUUAAACGCUGCUUUUCUCCUACGCUAAUAAACGAAAACAAA